AUGUUUACAUUUUAUUUCAUGUUGAAAAUGGAAUACAUUAAACCUUUUAUUAAGUAAUUUCUGUGCUUUUGUGAUUUUGAGAGUGAUUAUUUUUAGGUUAGCUACAUUUUGUAUUUGAUCACAAUCACAAUAUUAAAAAGAACUUCGAUUUAUCAUGUCGCUAUUGGAAGAACCAGCAGCAAAAGUGUCUAAACUAAGCGGUCCGCGGAAUACAGAGGAUGAAACGGAGGAUGAUCUGUAUGAAGGUCAGGAGGAAUGGCUAAGUGAGGAAGUACUCACAGAUGAAGAUGAAUACCAGGUUGAAGCUUUGGAUAACACACUAGACAGUCUCGACACCCCAACAUCGCCAGUGCUAGAGGGUGAUGGCAACAAUGAAGAUGAGACGGAAGAUAUUGAAAGGGCACUCAAUAAUAUGCAGAAUUCACAACAGAAUAACACACAAGGAUUCCUGGCACAGAAGAAAACAGAGUCAGACCUGAAGGAUGAGAGUGACCUUGAUGUAUCAAUGAAGUCAGAUGACGAUGGAAAUGAUACUGAUGAGUUAUUGCGAAUGCUUGGCGAGGACAAUAGUAAACCUGUUACCAAGACUGCAAAGAGUCAAGUCAAGAAGAAACCAGUGACAGAUGAUGAUGAAGAAGUCCGGCCAAUUAGAACCAGAAGUAAGUUUGUAAAGUUGGAAAAGAAGGCCACCAAAGCCGUACCGGAGGAUAUGAGUGAUGAUGAAGUAGAUAUUAAGCCGAGACCAAGGACUCGAAGUAAAGUUAUGAUGAAGUCGAGAGAACAGAAAGCCAUCGCUAAAGAUAUUAGUGGGGGCGGUGGUGAUAUGGACAGUACGUCAGCUGAUGACGCAUCGGCGCUCAAGAAGAUGUUUGUCUCCAACAAGAAAAAGGACGCAGGAAACGAUAAACAGACGAGCAAUGGUGUUAAGAAGAAUACUAGCGGCAACAAAUCAACGACGACAGCAAACAAAAACGUAAAAUCGAAUCAAAACAUGGCGCUUAGAAACAGAGACGAUAAGGAUAUGGACUCCGAGGAUGUAAGUUUAGAUAUGCAAAGCCUCAUGAAGCCAGAGGAAAUGGAUGAAGAGGUACCGUCUGAUUGUGAGACAGAAUCUGAAGCAGACAGCUUAUAUGAUGACUUCCCGACUACAGAUUCUGAGGAUAUGAAUGAGUGGUUCACCCUGGACAUCCGGGAGGAAAGAGCGGGAGACUAUAUACCGCUGCUUGGUUCAAAAGCUGUUCAGUUGUUAUCUGAGGAGAAACAGCGUGUGUUAGACAGGCUCUCGUCCUUGCGGGAAAGCCUUUCUGUCAUGUCCGAAACAGGGAAGGACCAGACGGAGUUACUGAAGAAAGCCACCGCCACGCUAUCUGAACUAGAUGCCGCUUUGAAAUUCGCUUGAGUUGAAUAAAUGCUAUCUGUUA